AUGCCGCAGCACCCAGGGACGGUUCCAGCGACUAUGCUGCCCGAGCACCAUCCGCACUUUCAGCAGCAGUUCGCACCACAGAGAUGUCACGCACCACCGCAGACAGCUGUUCCGGCGACUAUGCUGCCUGACCAGCAUCCACACAUGACACAGCCAAACUUUGCAGCUCAGCCACACUUUGUACCCCCAAAGCUUCCAGGUGUCCCAGCAACCAUGCUGCCAGGCCAGCAGCCUCCACCCAUGCAACAGCACGCCCCACCAGGGUACAUCCCUCAGCAGCCAGCGGUACCUGCUACUAUGCUUCCCGAGCAUGUGCAAAUGCAGCAGGCAGCGAUGAUGCAAAGGCACCCACAAGGUCAGCCCCUCCACGAGUUACAGCCGCCCCAACUGGAUCAUCGCAUCCAAGAGCUUCUCAAGCAACCUGAGCACCAUCAACCUGAGCCGAUGCCAGGCCGUGACUCCAUCCAGAUCUACCAGGUCCCACCUCCACAGGGCCAG